AUGAUAAUUCUUUCGUAUAAUUUGCGUGGUGGUGGGAAUCGGGCAAAGCGUAAGAGAGUCAGAUUUCUAAUUCAAAAAGAUGACGUUGAUAUUUGUUUCAUCCAAGAAACAAAACUUAGUGGAAUAGGAUUGAAUGUUGUCAAAGAGAUGUGGGGAAAUAUUGAUGUUGAAUGGUCUUUUUUGGAUGCUAAUGGAGCUUCAGGAGGCAUUCUUACCAUGUGGAAAAAAGAUUUCUUUUCUCUAAACUAUAGUUUUAGAGGCGAUGGUUUUCUUGGUCUAUGCAUGGAGAAGGAGGGUAAACUCAUUUACUUUGUAAAUGUCUACGCUUCUUGUGACAAAGUUACUAGAAGGAGGACUUGGAAAAAUAUUUGCGAGUUCAAGAACAAUAACAUUGAAGGAUCUUGGUGCAUUGGUGGAGAAUUCAAUUCUAUUUCUUCUUUAGAUGAAAGAAUUGGAGUUACUAACGGUGGUUAUAGUGGGGAAUUAAGAUUUUUUAAUGAGUUCAUAGAGGCAAUGGAUUUGGUGGAUCUCCCCACUAUUGGCGGCAAGUUCACUUGGUUCAAAAGUAACGGGAAGGCUAUGAGUAGGCUCAAUAGAUUCCUUCUUUCGGACAGUUUUGUAGAAUAUUGGAAGGUGGUUGGGCAACACAUAGGUGAGAGGGACAUGUCCGACCAUGCUCCCAUUUGGUUGAAAGAGAAUAGAAAGGAUCGGGGCCCUAAGCCGUUCAAGUUCAACAACUUGUGGCUUAAGCAUGACGAUUUUGGUAGUUUUGUGGAAGAGGAGUGGAGAAAGAUGGUAGUCAAAGGAAGAGGAGACUAUUGCUUGGUUGAAAAGUUGAAAACUCUUAAAAGUCGGAUCUCUUGGUGGAACAAAACGGUCUAUGGGUGGAUUGACCUCAAAAUUGAAAAAGAUGUGCAGGAAAUGAAUUCUUUAGAUAACUUGUUUGCUCAUUUUGUAGGUAACGUUUCGGAAGAUGUGGUUAACAAAAGGUUGAAAGUGGCGGAGGAUUUUUGGGAAAACAUAAACAAAAAAGAAGGGUUACUUAGACUUAAAUCGAGACAACUUUGGCUCGCCGAAGGGGAUGAUAACACACGUUUCUUUCACAAUUCCCUAAAAGAUAGAAGAAGAAGGAACUCCUUAUGUGUUAUUGAGACUAGGAGGGGUAGAUUGGAAGAGGUCAAGGAGAUUAAAGAUUUCAUUUUCAAACACUUCGAAGGGUUUUUUAAAGAAGAUGCGUGCUUUAGACCGGAGACAUAA